AUGGCAAUCGAGGACAUUGGACUGGUGGGCAUCAAUGUGCGAAUGUGGCGCUACCUGGCCGUGCUGUAUCCCACUCCGGCCACCAACUGGCGCAAGUUUGCCUUCGUCCUGCCCGUGAUGGUAUCGAAUUUGAUGCAGUUCUUCUAUCUGCUGCGCAUGUGGGGUGACCUGCCCGCCUUCAUCCUGAACAUGUUCUUCUUCUCGGCCAUUUUCAAUGCCCUAAUGCGCACGUGGCUGGUCAUCAUCAAGCGCGUCCAGUUCGAGAAGUUCCUAGCUCAGUUUUACAUUCUAUUCCAAUCGAUUUUUGAUUCCACUGACGAGCGGGGCCGGGUUAUCCUGCGAAGAGCAGAGCGCGAGGCACGGCGUUUGGCCAUAUUGAAUCUGAGUGCCUCGUUCCUUGACAUUGUCGGGGCCCUGAUAUCGCCGCUGUUCAGAGAGGAGAGAGCUCAUCCCUUUGGCGUAGCCAUUCCUGGAGUAAACAUGACUCGUUCACCCGUUUACGAGGUGGUGUACCUGACCCAGUUGCCUUCGCCCCUGCUCCUUUCCAUGAUGUAUAUGCCGUUUGUUAGCCUCUUUGCUGGCUUGACCAUUUUUGGCAAAGCCAUGCUGCAGAUCCUUGUCCAAAGACUGGGACAGAUCGGGGGCAAGGAGCAAUCUGAGGAGCUCCGUCUACGCAUGUUGACCUCCUGCAUUCGCUAUCACAUCCGGGUUAUGCGAUAUGUGAGGGAACUCAACGCACUGGUUACUAAUAUAUUAGCCGCUGAAGCUAUUAUCUUUGGAUCUAUAAUCAGCAUGCUGCUCUUUUGCCUAAACAUUAUUACUUCUCCCACCCAAGUCAUUUCAAUUGUGAUGUACAUUUUCACCAUGUUGUAUGUCCUGUUCACUUACUACAAUCGGGCCAACGACCUGAGCCUCGAGAACAACCGAGUGGCGGAGGCUGUGUACAAUGUGCCCUGGUACGAGGCCAGGAUUCGGUUUCGGAAAACCCUCCUGAUCUUCUUGAUGCAGACGCAGCGUCCCCUGGAGAUAAGAGUUGGCAACGUUUACCCCAUGACUUUGGCCAUGUUUCAGAGUCUGCUGAACGCGUCCUACUCCUACUUCACCAUGUUGCGUGGGGUCACCAGCAAAUGA